AUGAAGAAAGAGCUGAACAGUUUCAAGAGACUACUGAACCCAGAUUCCCCAGCAUGCUCUGAGAGAGAGGAGGAGGAUGAUGAAGGUCAGAUCAGAGUCAGAGAGGGGAUUCUGAAGAUCACACUGCACAUCCUGAGGAAGAUGAAGCAGACAGAUCUCGCUAACACACUACACACCAAACUUUCACCUGUGUGUGUGAAAAAACACAAAUCCAGAUUAAAAAAUAAAUUCCAGAGAAUUAAUGAAGGAAUCUCAAAUCAAGGACACUCAACACUUGUGAAUGAGAUCUACACAGAGCUGUACAUCACAGAGGGAGGGAGUGGAGAGGUCAAUAAUGAACAUGAGGUGAGACAGAUUGAGAAAGCAUACAGGAGACCAGAGACACAGGAAACACCAAUCAAAUGCAAUGACAUUAAAGCCUUACCUGGAAAACUCAAACCCAUCAGAACUGUGCUGACUAAAGGAGUUGCUGGAAUUGGAAAAACAGUCUCUGUGCAGAAGUUCAUUCUGGACUGGACUGAAGAAAAAGUAAAUCUGGACAUUCACUUCAUAUUUCCACUUCCUUUCAGAGAGCUCAAUUUGAUGAAGCAUAAAAAUAUCAGUCUGGAGGGUCUUCUUCAUCAGUUCUUCACAGAUACAAAAGAACUUAGAUCAACAGAUUUUUAUGAAUAUAAAGUCAUUUUCAUUUUUGAUGGUCUGGAUGAAUGUCGACUUCCUCUAGAUUUCCAGAACAAUGAUAUUUUGCGUGAUGUGACAGAAUCAGCCUCAGUGGAUGUGCUGCUGACAAACCUCAUCAAGGGGAAUCUGCUUCCUUCUGCUCUGAUCUGGAUAACCUCUCGGCCAGCAGCAGCCAAUCAGAUUCCUCCUGAGUGUGUUGACCAGCUCACAGAUGUGCAAGGAUUCAAUGACCCUCAGAAGGACAAGUAUUUCAGGAAGAGAAUAAAUGAUGAGCGUCUGGCCAAUAGAAUCAUCACACACAUGAAAUCAUCCAGAAGCCUGUACAUCAUGUGUCACAUACCAGUCUUCUGUUGGAUUUCAGCCACUGUUCUAGAGAGACUGUUGGGUGAAGCAGAGAGUGCAGAGAUCCCCAAGACUCUCACUCAAAUGUUCACACACUUCCUGAUCUUUCAGACCAAGCUGAAGACACACAAGUAUGAUAGGAAAUGUGAGGUGGAUCUUCAGCAGGCUAGAAAGAGGAUUGUGUCACUGGGAAAGCUAGCUUUUCAACAGCUGGAAAAAGGGAACCUGAUCUUCUAUGAGGAGGACCUGAGAGAGUGUGGCAUUGAUGUCAGAGAAGCGUCAGUGUACUCAGGAGUUUGUACCCAAAUCUUCAGAGAGGAGUUUGGACUAUACCUGGGGAAGGUGUUUAGCUUUGUGCAUCUGAGCAUUCAGGAGUUUCUCGCUGUUUUAUUCAAGUUUCUGAACAUCAAGUCAAGAAUGAGUGAUUUCCUGAAGAGUGAAGUGGACAAGGCCUUACAGAGUGAGAACGGACACCUGGACCUUUUCCUUCGAUUCCUUCUGGGUCUCUCACUGGAGUCCAAUCAGAUGAUCUUACGAGACCUACUGACACAGACAGGAAGCAGCUCUGACAGCAAACAGGAAAUAGUUAAGUACAUUAAGAUGAAGAUCAGGGAGAAUCCGUCUCCAGAGAAAUCCAUCAAUCUGUUCUACUGUCUGAAUGAACUGAAUGAUCAUUCUCUAGUGCAGGAAGUACAAACAUAUGUGAACAGAACAGAUUUCAAGUGUCUCUCUGGAGUCAGUCUUUCUCCUGCUCAGUGGUCAGCUCUGGUGUUUGUGUUGCUGAACUCAGAACAGCAGCUGGAUCAGUUUAUACUGAAGAAAUAUGAUCGAUCAGAUGAAUGUCUUCUGCGGCUGCUGCCAGUGAUCAAAGCAUCCAGAAAAGCUGAUCUGAGUCUCUGUAAUCUGACAGAGAAAAGUUGUUCAUCACUGGCCUCAGUUCUCAGUUCAAACUCCUCAAGUCUGAGAGAGCUGAAUCUGAGAAACAAUAAACUGCAGGAUUCAGGAGUGAAGCUGCUCUCUGCUGGACUGAAGAAUACAAACUGUAAACUGGAGAAACUAGAUCUUUAUCAGUGCAGUAUUGGAGAUGAAGGUUGUGCUGCUCUGACUUCAUCUCUGAGAUCAAACCCUUCACACCUGAAAGAACUCAAUCUGAACUGUAAUAUACCAGGAGAUACAGGAAUGAAGCUGCUCUCUGAUCUACUGGAGGAUCAACAUUGUAAACUGGAGAAACUACAUCUGUGGAACUGUAACCUGACAGAGAAAAGUUGUUCAUCACUGGCCUCAGUUCUCAGUUCAAACACCUCAAGUGUGAGAGAACUGAACCUGAGUCACAAUAAACUGCAGGAUUCAGGAGUGAAGCUGCUCACUGCUGGACUGAAGAAUACAAACUGUAAACUGGAGAAACUAGAUCUGAGUGUCUGUAAUCUGACAGAGAAAAGUUGUUCAUCACUGGCCUCAGUUCUCAGUUCAAACUCCUCAAGUCUGAUAGAACUGAACCUGAGUGACAAUAAACUGCAGGAUUCAGGAGUGAAGCUGCUGUCUGCUGGACUGAAGAAUAUAAACUGUAAAAUGGAGAAACUAGAUCUGUUGAACUGUAAACUGACAGAGAAAAGUUGUUCAUCACUGGCCUCAGUUCUCAGUUUAAACUCCUCAAGUCUGAUAGAACUGAACAUGAGUGUCAAUAAACUGCAGGAUUCAGGAGUGAAGCUGCUCUCUUCUGGACUGAAGAAUGCAAACUGUAAAAUGGAGAAACUAGAUCUGUAUAACUGCAGUAUUGGAGAUGAAGGUUGUGCUGCUCUGGCUUCAGCUCUGAGAUCAAACCCUUCACACCUGAAAGAACUGAAUCUGGACUAUAAUAAUCCAGGAGAUUCAGGAGUGAAGCUGCUCUCUGAUCUACUGAAGGAUCCACGCUGUAAACUGGAGAAAUUACAUCUGUGUAACUGCAGUAUUGGAGAUGAAGGUUAUGCUGCUCUGUCUUCAGCGCUGAGAUCAAACCCUUCACACCUGAAAGAACUGAAUCUGGACUAUAAUAAACCAGGAGAUUCAGGAGUGAAGCUGCUCUCUGAUCUACUGGAGGAUCCACACUGUAAACUGGAGAAACUACUUCUGAGUCUCUGUAAUCUGACAGAAAUAAGUUGUUCAUCACUGGCCUCAGUUCUCAGUUCAAACUCCUCAAGUCUGAUAGAACUGAACCUGAGUGACAAUAAACUGCAGGAUUCAGGAGUGAAACUGCUCUCUGCUGGACUGAAGAAUACAAAAUGUAAACUGGAGAAACUAGAACUGAGUGACUGUAUUCUGACAGAGAAAAGUUGUUCAUCACUGGCCUCAGUUCUCAGUUCAAACUCCUCAAGUCUGAUUGAACUGAACAUGAGUCACAAUAAACUGCAGGAUUCAGGAGUGAAACUGCUCUCUGCUGGACUGAAGAAUACAAACUGUAAACUGGAGAAACUAGAUCUGAGUUACUGUUAUCUGACAGAGAAAAGUUGUUCAUCACUGGCCUCAGUUCUCAGUUCAAACUCCUCAAGUCUGAUAGAACUGAACCUGAGUGACAAUAAACUGCAGGAUUCAGGAGUGAAGCUGCUCUCUGCUGGACUGAAGAAUACAAACUGUAAACUGGAGAAACUAGAUCUGUGGAGCUGUAAUCUGACAGAGAAAAGUUGUUCAUCACUGGCCUCAGUUCUCAGUUCAAACUCCUCAAGUCUGAUAGAACUGAACAUGAGUUACAAUAAUCUGCAGGAUUCAGGAGUGAAGCUGCUCUCUGCUGGACUGAAGAAUACAAACUGUAAACUGGAGAAACUAGAUCUGUGUAACUGCAGUAUUGGAGAUGAAGGUUGUGCUGCUCUGGCUUCAGCUCUGAGAUCAAACCCUUCACACCUGAAAGAACUGAAUCUGGACUUUAAUAAACCAGGAGAUUCAGAAGUGAAGCUGCUCUCUUAUCUACUGGAGGAUCCACACUAUAAACUGGAGAAACUACAGAUUGAUCAUUGAUUGAAAAAAUCACCUGCAGAAUCUACAAAUGACAAACCAAACACCUGCUGAAAAUUAUAUAACAUAAGAGAUAUUUACAGUAAAUAAAUCAGUUAUAAUGAACUUUGAAGAGUAAAAAUGCAACACAGUGUCAUAUAGAUCAUAAAAUGUAUUAAAAUAAAAUUUGGGCAAAUGUGGAUGGACGAGCACAAACUCAGUUCCCUAUCUGUCACCCACUCAACGUUGUGUCGAUGAGUUGACACUAGGGGUCGCUCCUGCGGAGCCCAGACGUCUCUGAUCUUGAGAAAAGGCCAAUGGAAAUUGGCGUGUGGAAUUUGCAUGCCACUUCCCCAUACAUACGUGUAUAAAAGGAGUGACGCUGCAAACAUACAUCAGAUAUCUUCUUCGGCGCCUAGCGAGCUUGUUCACAGAGCUGAAUUCCUCUGCCGCCUCCAUUCAUCUCUCUACUCUGUUGGAUCUACGGCACAUUCCAGCGGUCCUCCCCCUCACACACCAUGGUUGUGCUGAGCAAAUACGCCUGGGCGCUUCAGCAGCAGAAAACAUUAGACGGUGGGGCUGCCAGGGGGUGCUCGGUGACUCCCCAGGUUGGUAAGGCGAUCGCGGUGCACUUGUGCCCGCAGAGCGCCACCACCUGGCGGAGCCGUCCAAGUCUCCCGUCCAGGGCCCGUGGGUUUACGUCGUCACUCAUGACUGAGCCUACAGUGCCACUGGACAGGCUGCCUCCGCCCUGCACGUCAUGGCUCUCCUGUAAGUGCACCAAGCCGUGGCGCUCAAAGAACUGCACAAGGUUAGUUCUGACCCGAGAUUUAUGCAGGAGAUGCGCUCAGUGAAUGGUCUCGCCCUCCGAGCGAUGAUGGUCAUGGCGUGGUCUCUGGGUCAGGCGAUGUGCACCUUAGUUGUCCAGGAGUGCCACCUUUGGCCCAACUUGGUCGAACCAGUUUGGCCUAUUCUGCGGCACCUUAGAGGAUUUCGCCCAGCAAUCCUCAGUGGUUAAAAGGCAGAUGGGGACCAUUCAACACAUCCUGCCCAGGCGUGACGCAAUGUCUCGCACCCCCGUCUGUUGGUCGCCAAGGGCAUCCCCCUGCGGCAGCAACACUGGCUCCGCCACAGCCCGCCCCAGUAGGGACUUAGAGAUGGUCAUGCUGCUUGGUUUGAUGCAUAUGAGACCACUUCAGCACUGGCUACAGGCCCGAGUCGAGAGACGAGCAUGGCGCCACGGCACACACCGCGUCCUCAUCACACAGGCUUUUUGCAGUCUAUUUAGCCCCUGGUCAAACCUAGCUUUCCUACGGGCAGGAGCUCCCCUAGGCCAGGCCCCCAGGUACAUCUUGGUUACGACAGAUGCAUCCCAGCGUGGCUUGAACCCCUUGAACCGGCCCGCAACUGCAUUGGCACGUCAACUGCCUCGAGUUGCUGGCAGUGUUACUUGCCCUGAGGAGGCUAUUGCCGUUGAUCCGGGGCAAGUAUGUGUUGAUCUGAUGGACAACACAGUGACGAUUGCGUACAUCAGCCGCCAAGGCAACCUACACUCUCGUCGAGUGUCACAACUCGCCCCCUUCGUCUCCUCCUUUGGAGUCCGCAGCUUCUCAAGUUGCAGCGAGCCACCCACAUCCCGGGCCACCUCAACAGCACAGCGGAUGUGCUGUCGCGACAGAUUAUACUCAGACCUGUAGACCUGUUCGCUACCCCAGAAUCCUCCCACUGUCCACUUUGGUACUCUCUGACCGAGGCACCCCUCGGCACAGAUGCCCUGGCACACAGCUGGCCCUUGGGGCUGUGCAAGUAUGUGUUCACCCCAGUGUGCCUACUUGCACAGACGUUGUGCAAGGUCAGGGAGGACGAGGAGCAGAUCCUCUUAUUGGCACUCCCGGAUUUGGAUCUCGGACCUUAUGCUCCUCGUGACCGCCCCCCCGGCGAAUUCCCCUGAGGAAGGACCUUCUUCCUCAGGGACGGGGCAUAAUCCAGCACCCACAACCGGACCUCUGGAAUCUCUGUUCUCUGUCAGCGAACUGUGCCUAGAGUUCGGUCCGGCUUACUCUCGCGUAAUCCUGAGACCCCGACCGGGCUAUAUGCCCAAGGUUCUCACGACUCCUUUCAGGGAUCAGGUGGUGAACCUGCAAGUGCUCCCCCACAAGGAGGCAGACCCAGCCUUGGCGUUGCUGUGUCCGGUGCACGCUCUUCGCAUCUACUUGGAUCGCACGCAGAGCUUUAGAAGAUCCGAGCAGCUCAUUGUCUGCUUCAGUGUACAGAGGAUCGCCUACUGGGUCGUCGAUGCCAUCACUAUGGCAUACCAUGCCCAACACGUGCCACCCCCUGCUCCUCAGUGCGAUACCAGAUGUGUGUUUGCAGCGUCACUCUUUUAAUACCCGUAUGUCCGGGGGAGUGGCAUGCAAAUUCCACAUGCCAAGAUCAGAGAUGUCUGGGCUCUGCAGGAGCGACCCCUAGUGUCAUCUCAUUGACACAACGUCUCGUUCCCUCCAUCAGGGAACGGAGGUUACAUCAGUAACCAAGACGUUUUAUGUUUGAAUCCAACAUUUAAAGUGUCGAAGAAACUAAAAAUGUUAUUCUGAAAUAUUUUACACUAGAGUAAUAAUAAUGUUAACUGUAAAAACAUUUAAAUAAAUAGCAGAACACAUCUCCUUAUUUUCAUUGGGACAGAGCAAGAAUCUUUUAACACCUAAAGAAGUUUCUGUCAUCAUCAUUCAGCAUUACAGUGAAGGAAUUGUGUUUAAAUACACAGCUGUAAUCUUCUGAGUGAAUCAUCUCACCAUUAGCAAUGACCCGUUGAAAGUAUUUUACUGUCUUUCUGCACCCCAUAAUGACUCAAUGUUAUAUAGUCAUCUCUCACAAGCAGUGGUGGAAAGAGUACUGAUUCAUUUGACUUAAGUAACAUUAUAAAAGCUUUUCAUUCUACAUGGAGCAGAGGUUGGGGGUUUUAACACAUUUUCAGGAAAAUAACAUAUUUAUAUUAAUACUAUUGCUGUGACUUGCAGUGCACUCUGUAUAUAUGCCUUUAUACACCAAAAACAUGGCUGUGUCUUACAAAAUCGUUAUUUCUGUGCUAUUAAAGUAUGAUAACAUGUUUUAAACUCGAUUCUUUCUAAUCAUCCCUCAGACUGUGUAAACAUGAUAAUACUGUCAGUCAACUUGUCCAGCAGGUGAACUGAAAUAUUUUCUGAACGUUUUCUUUCAACAACAAACUCAUCAUCGUUUCUGCAGCUUGUAGAGAAAUGCCUUUUUAUUUUUCCGAUUUGCUUGUUAGAGAACUCGUUUGCUUGUCUCGUUUGUUUUACAGACUUGUCAAGUGGUUAGUUCUUAUAUUCUUGUUCUUGGCUAAUUACACUGUAUUAAUGCAGUAUCUGUUUUUUACUUCCUGAAACUUCACGUGAUGGGAGAAAGGGGUCUUGAGAUGUUCCUGGCAGACUUCUCAGCCUGUUUUCCCAGAAGAACUUUAUUUGUCAAAUGGAAUCAUGUGGAUUAUUUCGAUGCACCCUAAAUAUGCAUUUUGGACCAUAAGAAAAUGGAGUACAUUCACUUUCAUUGUUUAAAGAAGGAGGACUGAAAUUAAAUCCUAAAAAUCUUAAAUUCUGUUUUGAGGAAGAAAAAAACUCUUUUUUUCUGGUCUGAGGGAGAGUAUAUUAUAAGCAAAUUUCCAUUUUUGGGUGAACUAUUCCUUUAAGAAAAUAGAUGGGGUGGAUUUUUAAGGUAAUCUAUGACUCCAUUGGUGAAUUAUUGCUUUAAAUGUACUUUACAGUUUUACUCAAUCGAUUUGGCACAUUCACUGUAACAAACUUACAAUGUUCAAGUACAAUCCUCACAUCACAUGAAACAUUCAGCACACCACUCUGUGUGACCUGCAAAAGUUGAUUACUCAAAAGAAUGAACUCAUGUUUGAAAUAUAAAUCAAUCCAUCAAUGAAUAAAUCAUUGUCAUCAAAACUAAAGGUUCCUUUAUCAUUGCUUAGACCAAGACAGUCAAAAUGCAAAGACAUCUUGUCAAAUAACAGUGUACUCUGAAAGUGUGAUAGUUACCCAAUAUGUAAUAUUGUCCAAUUGCAAACAUUGUAUAUGUAGCAGCUGAAUAUUAAUGAUGUCAAAAACUCAUGGCACACACUAUACUUUCAACAAAACAUUUCAAAUUUAGUCUGUGAUGUACACACACCCGACUGGCAUCAAAGCAGCUAAAAUGUAGAGACGAAGAGGUGUCGUAACUUCUGCUACAUUUCAUUUCAUUUCAAAGUUGUGACUUUAAAGCAGCCUUUGUGCUUUUAAGAGCUUCAGAGUUUGAUCUGCAUUUGCUUGCACUUUAUGAAGAAACAGACUCUAUCAAAAUAUCAAACACAUCUGUUACGUUGUGAAUAAACAAAUGUUUACUCUAUGAUGAAACAACUAAAGUGUUAAUUGUGUAAAAAUAAAUGUGUA